AUGCAACAACAAUUCUCAGGAUUAUUACAACCUCGCUUAGUUCCUAAUGUUGUUUGGGAAGAAGACCUUUCCUUAGAUUGCAUUACAGGAUUUCUAAAGUCUAAGAGGUAUGAAGCAGUGCUGUGUUUCCUCCUUCUGUUUGAGUGUCGUUUGAGAAGUGAAUCUGAAUCUGAAUCGAUGGUGAAUCCGAUGGCUGAAGAAUGGAUCCGGGUGAAAACCGAAGGAAGGGAUGACGGUGGUAAAUCAAUGACUAACGACGGUGAAUCAAUAAAAACCGAAGGAAGCAGAGGAAGAUUUGACGGCGGUGAAUCAGUUGGGAGAAUCAAUGGCUAA